AACCGUUCUCUUUGCGUUUGAAACACGAGAACGAUGACAAAACGGAUAACACAGCAAGAAACACGGUUAAAGCCUGACACGGAAUGUGCGUCUGGUUGAAAACGUGUCAUCUUGUUUACAAGCACUGCAGGAAUUUUUCGAAACAGACCGUGGAUCUGUUCGAAUGCGAGAAACUGGCCAACCUCUGACGCAGCCUGAACCCUGUCGCGCAUGCGCACUGGGGGAUUCUUUAAAUACCCCCCAAGUCAUCUGCCACAACAAAACAUUCCGCUGUCAGCCAAGUCUGUGCCUCACUGAUACUGGCUAACAGAGUUGGAAGAACCGCUGCCAUUAUAUUGACGCGUUAUCGCGCUACUUCUAUUCUCAGAAACGGACGCCCAUCUGACCGAAAAGACCGAUUUUGACCCGGAGUCGUUGACUGUGCAGGUUAAACUCGGGGAGACGGACAGGGAGAAAAACAAAGAUGGCUGUGUAGCCAGAGUGACGAGACCAAAUAGAAGCUUCUUCUUAUGAGCGUCCUUAGCUCGCCGAGGGGCCCCGUGGACAGACAGUAGGUAUCGUAACGACAGCAGUAGAGGAGGAGCAGGACCGGACAGCACCGUCCCCGUCGCUGUCAUCACCAAUAUCGGCGUCAAGAACACAACAACAGCUGAGACGACAGAGUUGUUUUGUUCUGCCUGGGCAGAGGGAGCCUGCGUAGCUAGUCUCCUAGCACCACUGCAGUUUGAACCAUGGCUUCACUGGACGAGAGGGAGGUGGGCAUGGCCCCGGCACCUGGCUCCUCCUCGGCCGCCGUGGGAGUCGGUGAUCCUGUGGCUGGGGUCGCAGCCAUGCAGGAUGAGGUCAACAUACGGCGAGAAGGGCCCGAGAGUGACCUGGAGGAACCACCCAAGAAGAGGGCAAAAGUCACAGAGGAAGAGUCAGGAAAGCUGGAGGAGAGACUGUACUCGGUUCUGUGCUGCACCGUGUGCCGAGACUUGCCCAAGGCGUCAGUGUAUCAGUGCACCAACGGACACCUAAUGUGUGCGGGCUGUUUUAUCCAUCUCUUGGCUGAUGCACGCCUCAAAGAAGAGCAGGCCACGUGCCCCAACUGCAGGUGUGAGAUCAGCAAGAACCUGUGCUGCAGGAACCUGGCAGUUGAGAAUGCCGUCAGUGAGCUACCGACGGAAUGCACCUUCUGUCUAAAACAGUUCCCUCGCUCUAGCUUAGAAAGACACCAGAAGGAAGAGUGCCAAGACAGGGUGACCCAGUGCAAGUACAAGCGGAUCGGCUGCCCCUGGCAAGGUCCCUACCAUGAACUGCCAGCACACGAGGGCGAGUGCUCCCACCCCACCAAAACUGGGACAGAGCUGAUGGGAAUACUGGGGGAGAUGGACCAGAACCACCGCAGAGACAUGCAGCUCUACAACAGCAUUUUUAGCUUGCUGUGCUACGAGAAGAUAGGAUUUACAGAGGUGCAGUUCAGGCCGUACCGCACGGACGACUUCAUCACUCGCCUCUACUAUGAAACUUCACGCUUUACUGUGCUCAAUCAGACGUGGGUGCUGAAGGCCCGCGUCAAUGACUCUGAGAGAAAUCCAAACCUGUCCUGCAAGCGCACGCUGUCGUUUCAGCUCAUCCUCAAAAGCAAGGUGAACUCGGCCCUGGAGUGCUCCUUCCUGCUGCUGAAGGGGCCCUACGACGACGUCCGCAUCAAACCCGUCAUCAACCAUCACUCCUUCAGCAACGACACCAAUGAGACGGAGUACGUCCCUCUGCCCAUCUCUGAUUCAGUGGAAUGCAACAAACUGCUGGCUGCCAAAAACAUCAACCUACGCCUGUUCAUCUUCCAAGUCCAGAAGUGAGACAGGACGGCGGUUAGGAGACAGACAAGGGUGUGAAGAGGACGAUGAAAGAAGGACACCACUGAACCACUGAUACCUCUUAACGGCGACACCCUUGCGCACGCAAACACACAGCACCGUCGCCCAGCGAGACGCCCGCUGGCCUGCGGCGUGCUGUUGUGUGUGCAUGUGUUGGUGCGCAGGGCGUGGCUGUCUGCGUUUGGUAGGAACCGUGGCGACAUUGUGUGACACCCCGCAGCCAAGGUAGCACACACCACACGUGCGUCUGUUGCAUGCAUGUGUGUGUAUGAAAGUGUGACACGGUGAAGCCCCCCCGGAACCAAACUGUUCUCAGAAUAUCCCGAAGCAUCAUAAUGUGAAAAUAGUGUCUGAGCUUUUGUGGACAUGUGAGGACCUUUGGGAUGUGUGUGUGUGUGUGUGUGUGACUGUUCCUCUCCUCCAUCACUUCCAUUUCUUUUUCGUUCUAAAGGUAAUUUAUAGAGUUAGAUUUUGAAGGUCACAAUACUUUCCAUCGGAAAUUGUCUUUUACAUUUGAGUCGCACAGUUAUUUAACAUUUAGACUCAGGAUUUGGCAGUGUAAUCUAAAUCUAAUCUGCUGUCAAAUAAAUAAUUAAUAAACAUAAAUGUUAAGUGAAACAGAUCAAAUUGUUAUUUAAAUCUACUAAUGUUAUUUUCAAUUGAUUUUUGGAGCAGACAUACACGGCAAAUAUGAUGAUCUCGAUUGUUCAGUGAUUAUUCACUCCAAUAUUUAAUCUUUGUUUUACACCUAUAUAUUAUUUUAGUUUUUAGGUUGAUCCCAAACCAUAUAGAGGCCCUGGAUUGAGCUUUUAAUUUGUGUCUCCUUUAAUCCCUCAAAGUGUUGCUUCCAGCUGUCAAGGUUCUAAAAGUCUGUCGUGAGAAAAACUGAUUUUAUCAUCCGAAUCUUUUACCUCUGCGAUCGGCAGCUUAUUUAAACAGCAGCCUACAACACUGAUAUGUUACGACUCCAUUUUCAGCCAUAUUUAUACUCUUUUACUCGUGUUGUUUUUAAUUAAUCUUUAAUAUUUACGUAAAAACGGACCAUUUUAAAAUAAUUUAGAUUCGUUUUCCUGUUUCUUUUUGGGGUCUCCAUCUUAUUCUCUGACUUUUGGGUGAGAUAGUGUCCAGAUUUCCUGUAGAUGGUGGGGUGACAUGAACCAGGAGGAGGAUCAAAGGUUGUCGCCUCCGUGUCUUGCCCCUGUUAUGAGCACAAGUGGCCAAAAGGAGGGUCGUCUCCUCUGGUUUUUCACUUCAUCAGACUGUAGAGAUGCAGAUCAGAACCCGUAUUUGAGGUGGUGUCUCCCAACAAGAAGCUCAAAAGUUCUCCCAGAUGAAUGUGCUCGUGGGCCGACUAGAUCGACGCUGUCAGCAGUGGGAGAUUCAGAUUUACAGACUUGCUAAGCUGCAAUGACUCGGAGGGAGAUGUUAAAUCUCCACUCUGAUGUGGGAACAUUCCUUAGUCAUAUGGAGUAAUGUGAGAAGUCUCAUUGAAUUUAAAGAUAUUAAAAUUCCAAUAGUGCAUGACGAUAAAAAUCAAUUCUAAACUGCGGCAGAGAUGUGUCACAUGCUAUUGAAGUGAAGUUUGGACUGGGAUCCUCACCCAUCAACUGUGUGUGCGAGUGUGUGCGGGUGUGUGUCAGAGGGGUAACUUUGACAACAGUGUUAGUGUUAGACUUACUUGAAGAAGACAAUGUCUCUCUGGUAGUUUGAACUGUGAAGCAGAUAGACCUGUCUCUCUCUGUCUCCCUCCUCCUGACCUCUACUGUAUUUCUGUGUCGACGCCGACGGACUUGACUCAUCUCACUAUGGCUGUACAUGUGCCUUUUAUUAAACAUCAUUGAAAGUGAGUGGCUGCUUGUCUGUCUGUGACCAAAAAUAGAGGCGCUCAGGCCUUUCGCUCCGUAUGAAUUAUUCAACCGGUGUCGCAGCUAC